UUAAAAAAAAAAAAAAAAAGAAACACAAAAGCCAUGGAUUUUUGGUCCACGUUGAAGAGUUGAAUAAACAUGUCAUGGCAGUGCUUAAAACCACUCAAAAUCGAAGGCUUUAUUUUGUUUUUUCAACUUCACAAAAUAAGAAAAAAGAAAAAUAAAACACAAAAUCAUCUCAAACUGUUGAGGCCAGAGAAAUGGCUUUUCUGCUACCAAAUCUUCCUCCUUCCCUUCUUCUGCAAACCAAAACUUGCUCCAAAGAAAAGCCCAUUCACCAACCACUUUUUUUCCAAUCUCCAAAACUCUGCUCUGAAAUUCUAACUGUUAAAUCCACGACACUUCAGGUUAGCUCUCCCUCCAUUCAUCAGGAUAAGCACCAUCCCUCCCACCACCAAAGAGAUGAGUUUUAUGUCAACCUAGGACUUGCUGUUCGGACUCUUCGUGACGAUUUGCCUUUGCUUUUCACCAGAGACCUCAAUUAUGACAUUUACAGGGAUGAUAUUACUUUUGUAGACCCUUUGAAUACAUUUUCUGGUGUUGAAAACUAUAAAUUGAUCUUCUGGGCAUUGAGAUUUCAUGGUAAAAUGUUGUUCAAAGAGAUUUCUCUUGAAGUGUUUAGGAUUUGGCAACCUUCAGAGAAUGUCAUAUUGAUUAGAUGGAACAUGAGAGGUGUCCCUAGAGUUCCAUGGGAGGCCAACGGCCAGUUUCAGGGUACUUCAUGGUACAAAUUAGAUCGAAAUGGAAAAAUCUAUGAGCAUAAGGUUGAUAAUUUAGCAUUUAAUUUCCCACAGCCGCUUAAACCAGCAGCCUCAGUGUUGGAUUUAGUUGCUGCUUGCCCAGCUACUCCUAAUCCUACAUUUUUAUGGGGCCCUGUGGACAUGUCUCAAUCUUCUUGGGUCAAGUUUUAUCGUGCAGUUAGGGAGACAAUGGAUCGGGAAGGAUAUUUGCUUUCACAAGAUGGUUUGGCUGCUUGUUCAUAGCCUGAAUUACUUCAUACUUGAUGUAUAUGAUGAAAUUUUAUAAUUUAUAUAUACUUGUAUCAGCUCAUUACAUUUUGUAUAAUGGGUAUGGAAAUAGCCAGUAAAGAUUUUGUUGAAGGAUAAGGUGUAUGUACAUAGGCAGGAACGCUGGAGAGUUUCAUUUCAUGUAAUUCUUGAGUUGCCAGAGGAAGAGAAGCUUGGGCAUACUUGGUUCAGCUCUUACAAGUCAAAUAUGUAUGCAUACAGAAUCUUGAUUUAAGUAGAGCUUAUAUAUAUUAGCUUUGUUUCAUAAUUUGGUUUUGGCUUGAAUCCAGAUUUUGUUGGUGCUUGCAUUUAGAUAUAAGAAGGCUGAGGAGUAAUGGAUGGAUAACAAUUAACGGUGCUUCAUCUAACAAAUA